GCUCCUGCUGUUGACGUCUGAGCCUAGAAGAGCGUUUUGCUGAAUUGCUUCUGCCUGAUCUCCGCUUCUUGGGGUAGCCGAGGGCUCUACAGCUUUUAAGUUAACCCUGCAACAGCCAGACACUUUCCAGAAAAAAAUCUUUCCCUGUUGAAUUUCUGUCUGCCGCAUAGCUGUUCAAUGCACAAGAUAUCUGCUGGGGGAGGACGGCAGUCCUAAUGAUGAUGAAGAACCCAACAGGUGCAGAUGUGUGUAUCAUGAAGCCAGAAUGAAGGACACCUUGGAAAAAAAACAUGGAGGCUGUGAUCUACAGAACAGCAGCUGCUGGUGGUGGUGGUUGCAAUGGAACAAUAUGUGCUCCUCGACCCGCGGCAGAGGGCCUUGUACCGGGAUGUCAUGCAGGAGAGCUAUGAGACUCUGAUGGCACUGGAAUUUCCACUGUCCAAGCCUGACUCGCUGUCCCGACUGGAACAAAGCAAUAAAGCAACAGCCCUUGACUGGCAGGAGCAGGGAGUCAUUCCUCCAGCCGCCAGUGAGAAUGUGGAGGAAGAGAAUCAUCCAGCACAGGAAGAUUCCAAAAAAGUGGAAUUUGCAGAGGAACCCUCCAAGGAUCCCGAGGUUGGACAGCCGAACAUCAAGGACUGGGCAGAGCACUCCCCCCUCCCCCCGCCUUCAUCACCUCUACCACCUUCAAAUCCCAAUAUCUGCCAGGAAUGUGGCAAAGCCUUCAGCCACAAAUCUGCCUUGGUGAAACACCAGAAGAUCCACACUGGCGAAAAACCUUAUGAGUGUGAGGAAUGUGGGAAGAGCUUCAUUCAGCGAUCAGACCUGAUUAUCCACCAGAGAACUCACACAGGGGAGAGGCCGUAUCGGUGCCCUGACUGUGGGAAGAGCUUCAGUGUCAGCUCCACUCUGCUGACCCAUCAGCAGAUCCAUGCACCAGGAGGAGAGAAACCUAACCGCUGCCCUGAGUGUGGAAAGUGCUUUAGUGAUCCAGUAGCACUGGAGCGGCAUCGCAAAAGCCACACUGGAGAGAAACCCCAUGAGUGUGGUGAUUGUGGAAAAAGCUUCGCCUGGAGCUCCCACCUGGAGAGGCACCGGCGAAUCCAUACAGGUGAAAAACCUUACAAAUGCCCUGAAUGUGGCCGAGCAUUUGCUUGGAGCUCCCACUUGGACCGUCACAUGCGCAUCCAUGCUGUGUCGGCUCUGCCUGAGGAGGCGCCACCUUCAAAAUGUGCAGAUUGUGGCAAGCGAGUCAACCACAUCACGCACCCUCAUCGUUUCAGGCACAAGGGCACUCAGACUCCUUUGGAGCAUGAGGAUGUGGAGGUGGCAAAGGAGAAAGUGAUGGAGAAGGAGCGGCCUCAUCGGUGCACGCUGUGUGGGAAGUGCUUCAGCCAAAGUUCCAACUUGCUCAAACACCAACGAGUCCACACAGGAGAGAAGCCUUAUCAGUGCUCGGAAUGUGGGCGGCGCUUUAGCUGGUGUUCCGCCCUCCUCAAGCACCAGCGCACCCACAGCAAGGACCGGCCUUACGCCUGUCCCAAAUGUGCCCGAGGUUUCAGGGACCUUGCCUCCCUGGCCAAGCACCAGCUCAGUCACGCUGGCGGGAAGCCUCACCAGUGUCCUGACUGUGAUAAAAGUUUUGGAUGGAGCUCCCACCUGGAAAGACACCGACGCAUCCACACGGGAGAAAAGCCCUAUGAGUGUGGGGACUGUGGCCGUGGGUUUACCAUGGGAUCCCACUUGGAGAGGCACCAGCAAAUCCACACCGGGGCCCGUCCCCAUGACUGCAGGGAGUGUGGCAAGACGUUUGCUUUAGGGGCCACACUGGCCACCCAUCGGUACCGCCAUGACGCUGAGGCCAAGCCCCAUCAAUGCCCUGAAUGUGGUAAAGGAUUCAGUGCUGCGGCUGUGCUGGAACGUCACCGCCGGCUGCAUCGUGGUGAGAAACCCUAUCAGUGCAAUGUCUGUGGCAAAGAAUUUGCCUGGAACUCGCACUUUGACCGCCACCAGCUCUCACAUACUGGAGAGAAGCCUUUCCCUUGUGUCUUCUGUGGGAGACGUUUUGGACGCAGCUCCCAUCGCAACCGGCACCAGCGCUCCCAUGCCAUCUCUGAAGGCCAAGACCAGCCACAGGAAAACCUAGAGGAAACUUUACCUAUGGCAUCUGUGGCCAACUGGUGGGAGGGGGGAGGAGAAAGGAGACCUCCGCUGGAGCAGGAGGAAGCUUGGCCUGUCACAAUGGAUCCAGCCGUUCCUUUCCAAUGGACAGCCAAGUCUCCUGGAGAUGCAUGGAGAACAAUGGGGGGAAGUGACCUUGGGCAGGAGGCAGAGAAUUUGACUCGUGCUGCAGAAAGGUGGACUCCGCCACCUCCUCCUGUUUCCCCUUCUAGCCUCCCUUGACUCACACUUUUGCAAAUCCCAUUCCUUUGUUAAGCGGCCUUUUCAGAAAUGCUUGUCCCACAGAAAUGCCCCUGUGCGAUGAGCUAGUAGACCCACACUGGGGCAAAAAUAAAGGGCGAGUUCCUACUUUCUGUACCUCCCAAAACAUCCUGAUUGUUAUCCAGGUUCUGCUUCCCUUGUUAAAAAUGGUAGAGAUAUUCUCAUCAUGCACUGGGGUAAAAAAAAAAAACGGUGGCAUGUAUCCAACUAGUGUGGAAGUGUGUGAUUUUUUUUCAUUUGUUUCUACAGCCCUUUCUGAUUGCCAAGCAAAUCAUUUCUGGGGUCACAGCAUCCGUGUGGAGUACCAGCUGUGCAAGUUGGUGAGAAACAGGGGGAUGAAGUUGAUCCCUCUCCUAUGUUUGUCAAAGAGUAUGGAAGGAUUAAUUCACCUCCUUGUCCUUCUUCACUUUAGCCCCCUCCCCCCCCCCGACGUACAUGAGGCUGCCUUAUAUUGAAUCAGAGCAUUGGUUCAUCAAGGUCAGUAUCAUCUACUCAGACAAGCAGUGGCUCUUUGGAGUCUCCAGCUGAGGUCUUUCACAUCACCUCCCACCUGAUCCUUUUUCACUGGAAAUGCUGGGGAUUGAACCUGGGACCUUCUGCAUGCCAAGUAGAUGUUCUGCCAACCAAGCCAGUGCUCUCACCCCUACCCACAUGGCUAUUUGUCUGCAUAAGUCUUGUGAACCUGGGAAUGAUCUUUUUGGAGGUCUGAAUGGACUGUAUGAAUGGAAAUGAAUGGGAAAACUCUGUGUUCCAUGCAAGGACCAAUAGGAUCCCAGCCACUGAUUUUUCCCCCCCUAUAAAGAGAAACAAAGCACUAUGCAUGGGGACAUAUUGAGUCCCAGCACAAUAAUGUAUGAUUAAGUGCUGAGGUCAGGGUGGGUAGAGGUGUGGAAGCUGUGGAUGGGGUGAGGAAGCCAGAUGGUGGUCGAGAAGCACUGUGUUUAUGGACUAUGAACUGGAAGGGAGGGGGGAAACAAAGAGAUCGAAGAAACGGUAUUGAGGGUAUUGCGGGUGGGAGAGGAUUGUACAGGGCCCUGAUUGUGAAUGGAGUAACCCUGAACCAGAACUGUGCUGUAAAAUUCCAGGUUAGGAAGGGACGAGGAAAUUGUCUGAGCCAUCUUCCAGGCAGCCCUGACAGAGGAAGCCCUAAGCAGCCUGCAGAAAUGAGGUCUUAAAGCAAGAGGGAUUGUUAUGUAUUUCCAUUGCACAGAAGAACCACCGAGGCAGGCCAGCCAGGAAAGUUCUGCCAGGACAAUUCUUUGGAUAACAUGUCUGUAGGAGCAGGCUAUGAAUAGAGAGGAGUGAUUUUUUUAUUUUAAAAGACAGCAUCACUGAAGUCACUCACAAUCUAUCCCAGGCGUCCCCAACCUUUUUGAGCCUGCAGGCACAUUUGGAGCUCUGACACUGUGUGGUGGGUGCAGCAACAAAAUAGUUUUCACAAAAUGGUUGUUACAGCUUGCCUUCAGUCACACCGUGAAGAUCCUGGUGUUGUGGAAGCAGUUUGUUCCAAAGCAAUGCUUUUAAAAUCUAAACAGCCAAUCUAAUCUCCAGUCAGAAGCCAUGCUUGGCAAAAGCCCCACCUGGCUACACCCACUUUCUAAAAACAUUUAGUGGGCACCAGGAAAGGCGUUGGGGGAUGCAGUGGGCACCACGUUGGGGACCUCUGGUCUGUCCAGUGCAGGCUUCCUAUGGCUUCAUAAGCCAUGAUAAAUAGGCAGCCUCCUGUUUCAUGUCCAGGUACCCAGAGGCAGCUGCCACCUUGGACCUAGAAUGUCCUUCUGAAAAUCUCUUUGCCACCUGGAUCUAGAAUCAGAAUAUGUGAAUGUUUGGGGGGGGGGGGUCUUUUAAUUGUUUGCUUUCAACUUUCAAACUCCCUCAAGUGGAUAUAUGCGCAAAUCUUCUCUGUAAAUGGAUAAGAGCAACCCAGAUCAGUGCUGCAUGCCUAUAGAACUGGGUUUGCUAUGAAACUGGGCACCCGAGAAUAAUGGCCCCAAUUUUCUAGCCUUUUUGGUUGCAAAGAAAUUUGGGGGAAAUGCAGGAAUGGAGGGCUCAGAGUUGCGCCUUACAAUAGUAUACAAGUUUGCAGGGUGGGGUGCAUUAUUCUACUUUACCAAUCAUUAUAACCAGAACUGUGUUCGUUUCUGUGCAUGUGCAAAAUCUGAUAUCCUAAGAAACACUGUUUUUGUUAAGGGGAGAAAAGUAGAAUGGCAGCCCUUGCUGUCCAGAGUUAACACUGAUGUGGGCACCAAAAAACUUCCAGGGAUCAGGGUACAGGUUCAGUCCCCAGUUAAAUGCUGUCAAGCAGCAGGUGGAAAAAACUGUUCCUCCCUUACUCUUCCUGUAGAGACUGAGCUACAUUGGCCGAUUGUCAAAGGCAACUUCAUUCAUAUGUAUAUUGCAGAAGGAACAACUGUAAAUUUGCGUUGUUGUAGAGGUUACAGAAUGCAGCUCUUCUUGGCCCGGGAGCUGAGUUAGCUGGGUACAAAAAGUGCUUCUCUGGUUGCCGUCGAGUAUACCUCUCAUCUGAUAGUAACUUUUCAGUGACACAUACAUCCUUCUUAUUUAAUUUCUCCAUUUCCCCAGAUCUGUGCUUUCCUUUCCCUCCCCUCCUUAUUGCUAUUCUCCUUACCGAAAUCCAUUGAAAAAUCUGGACCUUGGAUGCAAAAUAAAUCCGUAUGCUUGUA